AUGAACGUCACCGUCGUGGGACGGCCAGUUGGCUGUCUCAAAUCUGCUCUUAGACGGGCAAGAUUCCUGAGGACUUUCGAAAGGAGGGUUUCUUCAGCAGCCGUUGAGCCUGUGCCCAAGUCGAUACCGAGCGCCUUCAGCGCUGAACAACGGGCGGAUCUCGCCAAGGUUAGCAAAUUUCAUAUCUACCCUCGAGUCCCGAGUAUUCGUACCACCCACCCCGAUCCUAUGCCUGCCCUUCUGCAAAAGCAACUCGCGAAACUCGAUCCGACUGGCGCACGCACACGAUUGUUCUCAAGAGAGCACGCCGACAGCGCUAAGGUUGGCGACGUUCUGAUGGUGACGACAAAGGGUGGGGAGCCCUUUGCCGGCGCUUUUUUACAAAUUCGACGCCGAGGCCAGGAUACAGCGAUCCAAUUGCGUGGACAGAUGAUGAAGGUUGGUGUGGAGAUGUGGUUCAAGAUCUACAGCCCGACUGUGACGGGUAUUGAUAUUAUCUGGCGACGGCCCAAGAGGGCACGACGAGCACGCCUCACGUACAUGCGGAAGCCCAAGCACGACAUGGGUAGUGUGGAUCAAAUGGUGUUUGCAUGGAAGAAGGAGAGAUAUACUCUACGGUCACGAGCAACUCAGUCUGGAAAACCUUCUGGAAGACAGCAUGCCAAGAUUCUUGGACAGAAGAAGAAAUAG